AUGGGUGUGAUCAACAGAGACCUGAACCCCAUGAGGAAGAGGAAGAAUGACAGUAACAACCUAAAGUGGCUCGCUCUCGCUCCGGGCUCCAUCCUCUUUGGACGGUCCCGUUUGUGCAUACAGCCCUGGGACAGCCCCUCCGACCCCCCAGUAUUGACGCCAACAGAUGUGUUUGAUGGACACAGGGAGAAAGGAGGUGGAGACGAGCAGUGGGGGGUGUGA